AUGUCAUCCAACAGCUUCUUCACUUCUUCGCCGACUGUCGUCCUUCCACCCAAUGCGCCGAAUCAGUACUUCGCCAACAGCCAUUACACCGACCACCAGGCCAGCGCUCCGGCCAUCAAUGGCAUCUCGCCCAACGGUCUUUCCAAUGCCAACGGCUUCACGCCAAACGGAACCACUCCAAACGCGUUCACUUCCAACGGAACCGCUGCAGCCUCCACUCCUGGCUCACUCGCUGGUCGCAAGCGAUCCCGCGCUGAUGUCUUCGACGAGAACGAAGGAGAAGACGAUCGUCUCGGUGAUGGCUCGGUCUCGACCCCGACGACUGAAGAGCUCAAGAAGCCGCGAGGCAAGCCAGUCUACGGGCCCGGCAUGACACUCAUAUAUCCCGAAGAUCCCGGCUACGAUAUGUGUGCUGAGAGCCAGAGUGGUACAUGGGUCGAGGAGCGCGCAGAGCGUAAGCCAUUCCAACUCGCGCACGCAAAGCGACCAUCCGUCACCAGCCGCAAGUCGCAGCGCAUGAACACCACUGCCUCUGGUCCAGACGAUCUCGCUCAACUCGUACUCCCAGCAUCAAUGCGAGAUGUCACAUCCGAGCCGCUGAUCGACGAAGCGACGCGUGCCUUGGGCAUCAGCUGGACGCGCAUGGACUCUGACGAAGCUCAUCAAAUCCAGGAGAAAGCCUACAGCAAGUGGAUCCAGAAUCACUAUCCAGGCCUUAAGGAUAUCGCCAUCUGGUUCGAGAACAAGGGCCUUCCAGCUUACCUCGUCGCCGCACUCAACGCAUACAAUGGCCAGCACGAGUACUACAUCUUCUCCCACGACCUGACCGAAGCUCGCCUGGUCACGACCGAACCAAGUCAGCUCAUUCCACGCCUCAGAAUGCUGCCAGCACUUGAACUCGCAGCUCCAGGCGGCUGCAUCAUCGCCGAGACAGACCCCAUCACGGCAGCUCAGAAUGAGCUGAACGGCGUCCAGGCUGAUAUGAUCAAUGGCACUGCAGACCACAGUCAGCCAGACGGCGCCUGUGCUGCCCACGCGAUGGAGCUCGACUGA